AUGGGAAUUAGAAACAGAACCACUGUCUCUGACUUCCUCCUCCUCGGCUUCUCUGAGCAUCCAGAGCAGCAGUCUCUCCUGUUUGGGCUCUUUCUGGUCAUGUACCUGAUCACUGUAUUGGGGAACCUGCUCAUUAUCCUAGCUAUAAGCUGUGACUCACAUCUGCAAACACCCAUGUACUUCUUUCUGGCCAACCUAUCCUUCACCGAGACCUGCUUCACCUGCACCAUUGUCCCAAAGGUGCUGGUAAACAUUCAUACACAGCAUUACACCAUCUCCUACGCUGGGUGUCUUGUACAGAUGUACUUCUUCAUGGCAUUGACCUUGCUGGAUGACUUCCUGCUGGCUGUGAUGGCGUAUGACCGCUAUGUGGCUAUCUGUCUUCCACUCCACUACACCAUGAUCAUGCAUCCCCAACGUUGCCUGCUGCUGGUGGCCUCAUCCUGGCUUUGUUCUCAUCUGUUGGCCUUCUCACUUACUUUCUUGAUGUCCCAAUUCUUCUUCUGUGCCUCACAUUCGAUUCCACAUUUUUUCUGUGAUGUACCCCCACUUCUAAAACUUGUAUGCUCAGAUAUCCAUAACUAUCAGGUCACAAUGUUGACGGAAGCCAUUCUCUCAGGCCUGAUUCCUCUCACAUGUGUGCUGGUCUCUUAUGCCCAUAUCAUCCACACCAUUGUCAGAAUCCCCUCCUCUGGAGGGAAGCACAAAGUCUUCUCUACGUGUGGCUCUCACCUGUCAGUACUCACUCUUUUCUAUGGAACCCUCUUUCUUGUCUAUUUAAGGCCCUCCUCCUCCUACUCAGCAGAUAGUGGGAUGGUUAUAUCUGUGAUAUACACAAUGGUCACCCCAAUGCUAAACCCUUUUAUCUACAGCCUGAGGAACAGGGACAUGAAGGGAGCUUUGUGGAGACUCUUUGACUGGGGAAAAUGUUCUGCCCAAUAA